GUCAUUUCCUGAGGCAAUUAUUCCAAAUUCUCUUAAAGAUGGAACGGUGUAGGACAAACAUGGUUCACAAGUCUCAGUGGAUGAUGCUUUCAGUGUGCAGCGUCAUGUUCGCCAUAUUGAAUAAGGUUGCUGGACAGGAUCAAAGAGGAACUGAGUUUAUGCUAUCGUUCAUAGACCUCCCAAAAAGGCAAGGGAACCCGCUCCUGUUCAUCUCAGCUGAGCUGGGGGCAGUUGUCAAUAUCACCAUCCCCUUGCUUCAAAGGAAUCUGACAAGAACGCUGGAACCUGGCCAGUCGUGGAAAGAAACACUGCCAAGAGAGUUGAGAUACAAUGCAUAUUUUACAUCCACACCAUCUGCAGUGUACGUUGCAUCCACAUCACCGGUUUCAGUCUACGUCUACGAUGGUUAUCGAAACAAGGCAUCUGGAUACAUGGCUCUUCCCUUCCAUGCCUUAUCAACCUCAUACAUUGCAGUGACCCACGGUAGAAGGCAUGAUGUGGACGCAGCACCAGUCAUGCUCAUUGUAGCAAUCAUGGAUCAAACCAAUGUAGACGUAUAUUAUAAGCUUCCAAGCGGUGAGGGAUGUGAUGUUCAUGGAAAUGGUGGUACUUCGAAUCACGUCCUUGAUGCCUAUGAUGUCUAUGGCAUGACUUGUAGUGGAGAUUUUACUGGAACCAGAAUUGUAAGCGACAAGCCGAUCGUUGUCAUCUCGGGACAUCAGGACGAUGCCGUAUCCGCCGACAGAACCAGGGAUACCCUUCAAGAGAUGUUGAUUCCAGAAGACUACUUUGGUCUGAGUUAUGUCCUCAUCAAACAUGGGUCGAAAGGAACAAUAAACAGAAUUGUCUCUGCCUCCAACAACACCCAGGUUUUAUUCAGCAAUGGUUCAUCCUUCGACCUGAACGCAUUUGAGUACAUGGACAUCGACACAGAUCACACAGGCCAGCAAUGUAUAAGCUCAAACAAUCCUGUACUCGCUGUCGCAUUUGGAAAGACUUCAAAUCGAGAAACAUUUGGGGACGCUUCCAUGUGUAUCUUAACUGCUAAUAACAUGUUUACCACAAGCAUGUUCCUGGAUUAUGGCGUGACUGACAUCCUUGGUGUGAGCGAGUACGUGUACGUUGCGACAGUCGUCGACAGAGCAGAUCUCGGCGCUGGAGUAGUUGCUGCAGGAGUGUCCAGGGAAGUAAUUCCCGGAUGCCAAUAUGAUGUGUUAACCAGGAAGGUGGAGAACUGGCCUUUGUCCUAUAGCGAUGGGACUUUGGAAUUUGGUUCAUAUCUCUAUGGUUCUAAUGAGGACAAGUACAAUGGCAUUGCCUUUCCACUCAACAUGAACUUUGUUUGGGAGGCUUCUUCAACUACAUCACUUACGGAAACUACAUCAACAUCUCUUCCUUCAUCGACUCUUUUUCCAUCGUCAUCAUAUGAGAUUUCGGCGUUCAUGACGUCAAUAACGACAGUGUCUGAGUCUUUUCCUCAAACAACGACUGCUGAAUCACGAGAACUAGCAUCAGCAUCAUCCUCGGCAAUGACGACACCGUCAACCACAACCUCUGCCUUUGAUUUCGGAGCCAGUUCACCAGCUGAACCCGUGACCUCCACAUCAUUCAUCACAUCGUCCUCAUCAUCGGAAUUGAAGUCUACUUCCGGAUAUGAACACAUAACAAACGGUCCAGAAACCUUUAGCACUUUGUCUCCAACCCGUGUAACACUGCAAACAGACCUAACAAGCAUGACUGACUCUGUUACUGCCAUUACUGUUACAAGUGCAGCGGUCGUAGAUGUUCCACAGGUUUGUGGGUGUCCUUGCGAAAACCAUGCUCCUUGGAACAUCACUGAGGAACGGCUUGAGAUGUUACGGAAAGACAUCCAUGCCAUGCUUCGUCUGGAAACUAAGAACCUCUCCAAGACCAUCAGGAAGCGGACAAGCGCCCAGGACAACACACCCAGCGCCGUCACUAUAGGAUCAGUCGGAAUAGCCUUUAUUGUUUUUACAGUACUUCUUAUGUUAGUUCCCGAUGUAAUUUCUGGACUUAUCUAUCUAUUUUCUGAAGCUCAACAUCAACCCAAAGUAUUGCAGGUUGUUAGAAAGGUGAAAUAGUUCAUCUUAAUGCAAAAAGACAUGUCUGUAGGCUUGUUUUAAUCACGAUUACGUUUCCACUAUAUUCUGACCCAGGGAGGUGGAGAAUCGUCUGGAGUCUUUUUCUUUGGUAUACAAGGGGAGCAACAUCUUGUCUACCAUCUCAUAUUACCUCUCUAGUUACAAGAAGGCCAGCAAUUAUGCGGAGAUCAACCCUACCCUGGAUACCCUUUUUGGAAACUCGACCAGUUUGCAAUUA